AGAUUGAUCGGGAAACAACACCGCCGUUCUGAAAAAUAGUUUCGCGUAAUAAGCAAGUAUUAAAUGGAAAGAAAUCGUGGUUUUGAAAUUACAAGACAUAAUAUUCAAUGAGCUCGCAUUUAUAAGUACAAUUAAAUUUCGAAAAGUGAUCAUCACUUAAAUACCAUUAAUGCAAGUGAUUGAAAACUUGUAUCCGCUUACCAGGAAACGGACACUUCAGUUGGAAGAAAAUUAACGUGAGAUUUAAAUACAACCGCUUUUCAAGUACAUAUUCAUUAUUAUUUUUGAAGACCGAAAUGUCAAACCAAGAACCAUAUUGUGGAGACAUAUUUCAGAAAAUUGCCGUUUAUUAUCACAAGAAUAUAUAUGUGAACAUCACCAUACCGACACGUUUAGUAGGGAUGAUUUUGAAUCUACUCAACUUACUGGUAUUCACGAGGAAAACUAUGAAUUCGCCCCCAAACCUGAUACUCGCUCAUUUGGCCUUUGUUGAUUUUAUAGCUUUACUAUUACUUACUGAACAAUAUUGGAUGAUGUACAUUCAACCUAAAAGUGAUUUUGUCCGAGAACAAUCCUACGCAUUGACAAUGCUUUAUUGGUACACCGAUAUUUUUGGAGGCACGGUUCAAUUCAUAUCUGCAUGUCUGACAGUGCAAUUGGCUGCAUGGAGAUACAUAGCUGUAGUGCAUCCGUUGAAGGAACGCCAUUGGUGCACCAAGAAAAUUACUCGUAAUGUCGUGAUAACUGGGUACCUCAUAUGCUGCGUUCUGUUUGCUAUACCGUAUCACUUGUCAUUCAAUAUUGAAACGAGUAGCAUGAACGGAAAACCCUCUUACAGAGCCAUAGAGCGAGAUCCCAUAAUGUUUUCAAUAAAAGGCAUCGUCUAUGGAGUAAUGGCCAAAAUACUGCCGUCAUUAGUGUUGGCAGGACUUACUUCGAGAAUUGUCGUUGUCUUAUUAGCAAGAAAAACCCAUUGCGAGCAACUAAGCCCAUCUGCGAACACCCGAAGAGGCAUGAAAAAUGUCGAAACGAGACAAAAAACCCACAGAUCGACAGCGAUAUUAUUGGCAGUAGCGGCAUUAUUUUUCGUGUCCGAAUUUCCAAGGGGAAUGCUAUGGUUACUGAGAACGAUUAAUGAGCGUGAUUGGGGCAUGUGUUACAUUUCACUGGGGCAUAUAUUUAUGCAAAUAAGUGAUAUAAAUACAUCCAUCACGUUUAUGGUAUACUACACCUUGAGUCAGCAAUUCAGAACCACAUUUAAAUCGUUGUUCAAUUUGAACAAGCGUACGACACCUAUUGCUUCGGGCAAUACCGAAGACACCGAGUCAGGAAAAACAUCUCAAGUUUAGCAGCAGCUCAGUUCAUUUACAGUGGCGUAGCUAGGGGGCGAACGAGGCCAUUCCGUCCCUCUUGUGAGCAAAAGCUCAAAAUAAAACAGGCAAAAAUGGGCGUUUUUACUUCGCUUGAGCAGUAAUCUUACCUUCAUUUCCAUAAAAUCAUCGCACAACUACGAAAGGUUUUCAGAAAAUUACCUCUAAUUUCGAUUCUUCAUGUAUAAAAAGCUGGUUUCGCCUUCUCGAACAAUCCUGAUUACGCCAUUGUUCAUAUUGUUGAACUAUAAUUUAAAAAAUCGUGUAUUACAAAACCAUACACGUCAUUUUUACAAAUAAAAAACCAUCAUUCAAAAUGAAUAAAUUGCUCAUUUAUAUACGUAUCCCGGGAAUGCGAAUUUUAAAAAAAUUCAAAGUAAUCGAAAAGAGACAGUCUCAGAAAGAGCUUUUUAAAAAACGAAAUCUCAAUCAACUUUAUGUAUUUUUGAAGGGAAAUUAUUCAAUCAUCUCAGAUGAAUUUCGCAUAUAGAUCAAGUAAAAUGAUUAAGAUUACCUUUUAAAUUAAGCUAAGUACGUACCUAUGUAAUUUCAAUAGAAUUUAGAUCGAGACCUUGAUGUUGAUAAUUUAACAAUUACAUUACAUUA